AUGUCGUCGCUGAUAUGUUCUUACCGGCAACAACAUUUUUGCUGAUGUCGGUACCAGCAACGACAUUAUUGUAUAAUGUCGUCGCCCGAUGUUAAAUGUGAGUUAUAUGUAAAAUAUAACUCAUAUCACUACUGUUUGUCAUCGGUGACGGUUUUUCUGCAAUUGAAAAACUAUCCAGAAGGCUGUGAAUCAAAACCAAUUGCUACAGAGGAGGGCGAAGCUUCUGAAAACAGUGAAAUGUCUCAAGAUCCAAGUACCAGUAUGAGGCUAAGCUUGAGGUCUAAAGGCGACAUUUUGACAGGCAAUAUUAACGGCCUUCCUGUGUUCUCAAAAGCUGCUCCUCUUCGUUGCGAGAUCGAGUCAUUUGCUUUUGUGUUCAUAAUCUUUGCUGGCGUAUGGAGAUCAUCUCUUAAAUUUUGAGGCCACUUUGGAGACCAUUUUGUGUAUAUCGUUGGUCGGCUCCCAAUAAUUGUUUUCCUUUUGGUGGUGGGGGUCACUAAUUAGGCUUAUUGGGAGAGAUUUGUUAGGUUAGUCAAUAGUAGUGUAGUUAUGUAGUGAGUGAUAUUUUGUAA